CAAAGUAGCAAAUAUGAAAUAUAUCAAUGUUGGGAGCAAAUAUUUGGGUUUUAGUAGAACCCUAAAAUAAAGUAAAAAAAAACAAAGCACACAAAAUGGCGAUAUCAAUCAAGCGUGCCAUCAUAUCCUGUCGUAACAUAAAUCCUUUACUCCGAUCAUAUUGCCGGAGUUCUCACUUCUCCGCCGCCGCCGCCGCUACAUAUUUCCUGAACUCUGCUGGUGAUCGCCGUCCAACCUUUCACAGUUCCCCGGCGACCAGUUUUCACUAUGAAUCUCGCAGAUACAUGGCUAAAUCUCGCAAGAAAUGGGAUGACGAUGACGGGGAACUUGGUGUUGCUAAUGCUGAUACUACCAGCAGAGUCGAAGUUGUAGAUAUUGGCCCGAUUAUUAAGGCAGCUGCUAUUUCUGAAAUGGAGGCAGGGAUUGAAGCUGUAUCACAUGAGCUGAGUAAAUUGCGCACUGGAAGGGCGUCAUCAGGAAUGCUUGAUCAUAUUAUAGUGGAAACUGGGGGUGUGAAGAUGCCUUUGAAUCGGAUGGCUGUUGUUUCGGUUUUAGAUCCCAAAACGCUCUCAGUUACUCCGUAUAAUCCAAGUGCCUUGAAAGAACUAGAGAAAGCUAUUAUUUCAUCACCAUUGGGUUUGAACCCUAAGCCAGAUGGCGAACGCUUGAUUACAGCUAUUCCUCCCAUGACCAAAGAGUCUAUGCAGGCUGUAUGCAAAGUGGUAGCUAAGUCUUCUGAAGAUAUCAAACAAAGAAUUAGAAGAGCUCGACAAAAGGCUUUGGACUCGAUAAAGAAAUCCAUGCCUAAAAAAGAAGGAAAGGAUAAAGGCAAGGACAAAGAGAAGAGCAGAGCUAAACCCAUUUCAGGUUUUUCAGCAGAUGAUGCUAAAAGAUUGGAAAAAGAGAUUGAAGAGUUGACAAAAAAGUAUACCAAGUCAGCUGAAGAUUUAUGCAAAGCUAAGGAAAAGGAAAUUAAUUCAAGCUAAAUACAAUCUUUUCAGUAUUCAUUAUGGAUUAACGGGUACUUUGUCUUAGAAAUAGAAGAUCAAAUGUUUUUUUUAUAAUUAUUAGUCCUAGAAAGUUUGAGGAGCUUCACAAAGUCCAUGAUUGAAGCUUGCCGGAGGCUUAAGUUAAUCUUGUUCCAUGCAACAAUAGUUUCUGCGGGAGAUAAAUUGAUCCCGCAUUGGAUUGUUGGGGUAGUGUUGAAGGGUUUGAGAAGCCUUACAUAAUGUAUUUUUGUUUGGAUAUGUGAAUAAGGUUCAAAACAUAACUGGAACAUUUUUGGAACUAAAUAGUUACAAGGGGGUGGCUCAGUUGUUUCA